GUCUGCGUUUGUUGCGUAAACCUUCACUCCACGGAUGCGAGAAACGAUUCACAAAAGACCACUUCCUGAGUGAUCGGGUGUAAGAGGAAGCGUUGAUACCCGGGUACCCCAUUAACGCGGUUCUGAGCUAGGCGUCCGCAGAUACAAGCGCACACCCAUCUGGAGAUACGGUGCGCGCCAGCUGAGCCCCCUUUCCAAGUGCAACGCGCGAGGCAGGAAACGACCCAUGUUCGUUAUCGACUGCGACCCGAAAAUGCGUUGAUGACCGGAUCGCCGCCCGGCGUGUUGGUUUCUCUCCCGCGGCGAUCGCAUAAGCAAAAACGUCAAGUUCAGCGCGCGAUUUCUUCCGGAAAAGAGAAGCUACAAGAAGGAAACACUGCAUCUCUCUUUCUCUACUAGGGUGAAACGCGGGCCGGACCCAAUGCGCAAGUGAAUUCUCAGCCACCUUGUCAUGGAGCGUCCGCCUCAACAGCCCAGCGUUUCGCCGUCGGCGUUCCUCGAAAAAGAGAUGCCCGAGAUCUACGACCAGGUCAGGAUUCACAACCGGGAGUCCACGGGACAGCUUCUGAGAAGCUGGCAGGCAUCGUUAUUCUCCAACCCGAAAGAAGACGGCAAAUGCGACGAGCAGUAUCUGGACAUCGGUUGCGGCCCGGGUAACUUCACGCGUAACUACCUGCUCCCGCUAUGCCCGCCAUCAAUGAGAAGACUGGUGGCGGUGGACAACUCGCACUCCAUGAUCGACUACGCUAGGCGAGAACACGGCGACCCGAAGAUCGAGCACCGCAUGCUGGACAUUACGGCCGACGACGAGGUGUCACAGUUCAUCGAAACUGAAGGGCAGUUCGAUCGCGUCUAUUCCUUCCUGACGUUUCAUUGGAUACACGACAAAUGUGCAGCGCUGAGAAACGUCGAGCGCCUUACGGCUCCAGGCGGGGAGUGCCUGAUCGUAUUUAAUCCUCAUCCUGGACCGCUACAGCUUUCCAAAGCAAUGAUGAAUUCGGAGCGAUGGAAGAAAUACACCGACGUGCUGAAGAAUGUUGCGCCCGACUUUCCCGACACUCACGACCCAACGUACCUAAGGAACUACCUUAUCAACAUCGUGAAAUCAACCUCUCUCGUGCCGCUGUCGUGCGAGCUGGUGCGUGUGGAAGCCACCAGUGCAAGCAUGGACGACCUAUCGCGUUUAUUUUUGCCUAACAACCCUGUCUACUCGCUCCUGACCGAAGAAGGCAAAGCCGAGUUGGAGCACUUCGCCAAGGAACAGAUGAAGCACGGGCAUUGCUCAAACUAUUCAAGCACGGGUACAACUCGGGAGCUCAGAUUUGUCUUUCACGGAUAUAAGCCGUAGAGCUCUGAGCGACCAUUUACAGGGUCCCGUUCAAAACUGAACCCUAAAUAUGCUUCAAGAGAUUCAAUAACAAAGAAAAGCACCUAGGAAGUGAUUUGGUGUAUGGAGUGUUACACGAGGCAGCUCAACUUACUUUGUUCAAUGUAACUUGUGCUUGCUGCUGCUGCGUUUCUAUUAUGUUCAGUAAAAAAUAAACGCAAGCUGCACACCAAGGAUCGAUUCCUGGA